AUGCCUCCCCGAAUAAACAUCCCGCCCGUGACCCGGGCGCUGCUCAUCGCCCUCCUCGUGCAGUCGGUGCUGAGCGCGGCCAUCCGCUACCGACAGUGGUCGGAGAAGGCGCACAUCGUCAUCCCCUACCUCACGCUCGUCCCGCAGCUCAGCAUCGUGUACCCGUGGACGUUUGUCACGUCGACGCUGGUCGAGGGCAACAUCUUCACCCUCGCCAUCGCCGGCGUGACGCUGUACCAGGGCGGCCGCUACCUCGAGCGAGCCUGGUCGUCGGCCGACCUGGCCAAGUUCCUGGCGCUCGUCUCCGUCGUGCCCAACCUGCUGACCUUUAGCGUCAUGUUCCUCCUCUUCACGCUGACGCGAAACGAGAGCUGGACGUUGACGGUCAUCUCGGGCACCGUGCCGAUCCAGAUCUCGUUCCUCGUCGCCUUCAGCCAGCUGGUCCCGGCCCACACGGUGACGCUGUUCCGCGGCAUCCUGUCGCUGCGGGUGCCGCGGUUCCCGCUCGUCUACGUCGGCAUCGUCGCCGUCCUGUCGCUCACGCCGCUGCUGUCGCGGGCGGCCUUUUGGCUCGCCGUCUUCGGCUUCCUCACGAGCUGGACCUAUCUGCGAUUCUACAAGUCCGUCUUCCCCGACCUCGACACGUCGCAGCCGGCGGCGCUGCGCGGCGACGCGAGCGAGACGUUUGCCUUUGCCGAGUUCUUCCCAGCGCCGGUCAAGCCCUUUGUGGCGACGUUUGCCGACCACGUCUUCGACGUCCUCGUCGCCGUGCGCCUCUGCACCCCCUUUUCCCCGGCCGACAUGUCCUCGAGCCGGGGCGACAGGCUGCUGCAGCGGGGCACGCCCGGCAGCGCGCGGGCCGAGGCCGAGCGGAGGCGGGCCAUUGCGCUCAAGGCGCUGGACCAGCGGCUCAACGCCGCCACGGGCGGAGCCGGCGGCUGGCCAUCGUCGCAGAAUCCGUCGCAGCCGACGGGGCCGACGGUGCAGACGCAGCCGCAGCCGAGCACGCAGACGGCCAUGACGUCGCAGCCGGGGCAGCUGCUGGGCGAGACCAAGUUUGAGCCGGACAAUCAUCACAACGACGAGGCGGGGAAAAACUAA